AUGUCAAAUCGUAAUGUAACACCGACCCCAGAAAUGACUGCGCCUUCAUCCCCAGCGCUCACAAGUACAUCCGCAUCUUCCUUUGAUGUCGUAUCCUCUCGAUCCUGCUCGUCGACCAUCUCAGAUUUGAUUUCCCAAGGUGAUUCUGAAGAAGAAAUUGUCUGGACAGUUGCGCGUCAUCGUCGUUCAUCUUUUGGUGCAUCUAACUCCAGUGGCACUGAAGAAGAGUCGGAGGAUGAUUUUGUUGUGCUUAGCAGACGGCCUCUGUCGGUCGCUCCACCUACCCCCCUGGCUAUCGUAUCCAAUCACUCGAAUUUCCCCACCACUGACUUUGCACACCUAUCUUUGAACAGCGACCGCACUCCGUCGACUUUAGAGACUGGGAGUAGCAGUUCUCAGACUCACGGGAGAGACGUCAACCCCAAAUGUACUUCACAAGCCCGUUUUCAUCGACAGAGGACAAAGAAGCAGGCAAGGGGGGUCACCCAACUUGCUGGUUUUGGAGAACGACCCAUCGUUGAUGAUGUUUCAGAAAUAGCUACUGAAGACAUUGUUUCUGAUGCUGGAAGUCAGCAAUCUGUGUACGAAGAGGCCGUCCAAUUUGUAACGAUGUUCCUCACCAACCCUGACGAGUACAAUACAACCUCGGGACGUCUUGCCCUCCUCCAGUCAAUCAUUAUCGAACUUGGGCUCUCUACAGUUAGCCCCUCCUCUGUGAAAUCAGCCAAAGCCCUUCUCAAAUCUCAGGCGUUUCUCAAUGUCCGGGACUACCUUGCAGUCCGCGAGCACGGCCUCGAAGCCAUCCAGAGAAUUAUGCACCCUAGUCGUUCGGCCCUUGCACGUUCGAUCAGGAAGUCUAAGAAACGGGUUUCUAUGCAGUGGAUAAAGGAUCAUGGCCUCGAUGUAUUCCUGGUGCCUUGUUACUACCACUGA